CAAUAAUAAAAAUAUUAUGAAUUAGUCUAAAAAUUAGAUUAAAAUGAAUAAAGAUUUAAUAAAUAAGCAACAUAAAUAAUUUUAUAAAUAAUUAAUUAGGACAUGGAAUAAAACUUCUUAAUAUUCUUAUAUACAAUUACUUACUUAGAUCCAAAGACAAAUUUGAAUUUAUAUGAAAGAUUAAUAAGGUCAGUAGGAAACGGUCAAUAAGCAAUUUUCAAAUUAGAUAGACUUUAUAAAGUAAUUGAAAAUUUUAGAAAUGCUAUGCUUGAAUAAGGAUAAACAAUAAAAACAAUAAAGCUUUACGAAGUUUUAAUUAAUAGUCUUUCCAAAUAAAAUUUGAAAAUAACUAGAUUUCAUACGUACUUUUUAGAAGCCUGCUUAAUUUCUAAAAUGUAUAAAAGUGCAUUAAGAAUUAUUGAUGUACCAAUAGUUUAAUUAGAUUCUAAAUCAUGUGUUAAUGAAGAAGAUGUAUUGAAUUUUUUUUACUUUUCAGGAUGUAUAUACCUCGGUUUAAAG